AUGAUCUUUGUAUCGCGGUUUCGAGCUCUAUGGGCUAGGUUGCCUUUGGAGCGGAACAUACAAUCUGAGUUGAUGUUGUUGCACCUCUACUCAAACGAGACUGGCACACCUGGAUCCGAUUGUGACGUAUACGCAUCGUUCACCAACAAUACUACGGUCAAAAACAUGAUUAAAGAACAUAAUAUUAGUUGUUAUACGCAACAAGUCAAACAUUUGCACCCAGACAUACUGACAAACCUGGAAAUUAGCAACGUACCAGUUAUCGUGGGAGUAUUUCGAGGUAAAAAUCUAGGCGAGUUCACACGCAUUAGCGCGCCAACAUCAGCGCUAGACUUGUGCAAAAGACUAGUGGAUGCCCAAGCAUAUCUGCAUAAUAACCGAGAAAAGUCGGAACAUAUAGAAAUCGAGAAACAAAUACAAGAUGCACUGACAGCCAAAUCAAAGGAUGGAGCAUUCGAGGAAUUGGAAAAACUCGAACGUAAAUAUAUGCAAAGGUUGGAAGUUGAUGACAUAUUGAGGCGAAAUCUCGCCCGUGCACGGCUUACGUUGUACAAGCCAGAAUGCGAAAACACAGAAACAUCUGUGGAGAUGCUUCGUAACCAACUUAAUGAGAUCGAUCAAAUUUUGGUGGCAUUCGAAAAUGCCAAUGCGGAUGAUCUUAUAUCAUUGUAUGACAAGAUGCCUCCGACUGACACCGUUAUUCAAAAACAAGGCUCGUUAGAUGUUCAUGCCAACUCCCGCAAUUCGGGACGCGGUCAUGCCGACGAAAACACCGCUACUGGAGCUGUCGUUCAAAUGAUGGACCGUUUUGCUGCCGAAAAUGGGUAUACAACAGAACUUAUGGAUGGGUCCUAUGAUACUAUAACAUUGAUAAGAUUAGUGAAGAUUCGAAUACUACAGAACAUAGGUGUCGUGAUGUUUUUAGAGGGUACCGUUGAGGAGGCCCUUGAGGUGGCCACACGUGCGUACGACGAACUUGUGCAGAUGCUUAAAGACGACUUGAUCUCUGUAAAAGCAUACGAACUGCAUUCGUUGGGGAGGAUCAUCGAAUUGAUGUUCGGCGCACUCCCGUGGAACCAUCCAGCGGUGCUAGCUGCGCGGGCCGCAAUAGAAACUGUUAAUGGGCCUAGGCUCUUGAAUCGCAUUCCGCAAAGCAAUAGACCACUUGGAGGACCUGUUUCGAAACGCCGUGGGUUUGGUGGACGAUACUCCUGGCAAGGACCGGACUAUCGCCCAAAGAAAUACCGACCACGCGACCCAGAACAAUACCUGAACGAAUGGCGAUAUCAACCAGAUAGCAACUUACCAACAUUUUAA